AUGUUUUGGUUUAGAUUAGAUUUUUUUUGUGCAAUUUUUGCAUUAUUUUGUUCUAACGUAUUUUGUUCUACGCAAAAUGAAAAUGGUAAGAAUUAUGAAAUUUUUACGAUUGUGCUAGUAAUAUUCUAUUAUUUUUUAGGUCAAUACGCAACAUAUUUAAAUCUCGUCCAUAACGGAAAUAAAAGCUACUACAUCCAGUCUAGUUUUAAGGCCAAUUUUCUUGAAAGUUUUCAAUUUUGCAAAUCCAACAAAAUGGAAUUGCUCCACAUCGAAUCAAAAGACGAAAAUGACUUUUUGAGCGAGCAAAUCAGUAAAAUAGGUGGGCAUUUAGAAGAUGACUUUUACUGGACUUCUGGAACAAGAAUGGCUGGAAAUAUCGCAUGGAUGUGGUUGAGCAAUGGUGAACAAUUUUCAUAUACCAAUUGGAGACCUAAUCAACCGAGCGACUUUAAUCAAAUAUGCGUGGCGAUCAAUGCAGCAAAUAACGGGAAGGAAAAAUGGAAUUAUAAAUGGAGUGACAUUGAAUGCGAAAGGAAACAUUAUUUUGUUUGCAAAAUUACCUGGACGAAAAAAUGCAGUAAACCACUGUAUUAUAAGGACUACGUUUCGCCGGUAACGAUUCGUCGGUAAUUAAGUAUACAUACAUACCUUUUACCUUAUACCUUACUUUUCGAGUGCACUGUAUGUACUUUUCACUAAAGAUUACAUCUCAAACAUAUUUAACCCGUAUUCAGCGCCUUACAUUAACUUUAACGCGUGUUAUAUCAGGAAAUUCUCUGUUCCCAAGUACUAUCAGAAUGUUAUACCGGGAGAUCCACCGUUCCCAAGCAGUAUCAGCAGAUCGUAUUUCCAAAUUCUUGUUAACGCUGUCAGAACACUUGUUUUGCUAUUUCUAACAUUGUAUUUUUUCCAGUCAGUUCAUGAUUAGAUUUCGAGUUGUCUAAAUCGUAAAAUUUAUAAUUUGUAACUUUCAGUUUUUGUAGUGAAUAAAAAAUUUUAUUU